AUGUCCUGCACAUUGACCAAAACAACUACUACGGAGGAAGUUCUGCUUCGAUUCGUUUUGAAGACUUGGCUAGCCUACUUUUGUCGCCGGAUGUUACUCACGAGGGCAAAGAUGAAUCGAAUUUACUUGGUGGCGGAGUCUUACAAUUUGGGAAGUCUUCCUAUUCAGCCCCUUCCAGAUGCUCUGCAAUGUGGUUUCUUGAUUAGAGAUGAUAUUUCCAUCCGGCUUAGGAAGGCCAGAGCAGCUUCCGUGAAGCUGUAUCGCCUGUGGCGUAGGCGUGACGUCAGCUUAUCCGUCAAUGGUCGAGUUUACGACAGUGCGAUCAGAAGCCUGGCUGAUGCUGAGGACGUCAAAAACUUUCAGUGUUUGAUCAUCGACGUUUUCGGAGCAUUGGCCGAGUCUGGUGGGACUGCCGGAUCAGUAAUGCUGAAGUACAGCAUUUGGGAUUCAGAAGAAAUAACUCGCCGACGUGAAUCCUCGCAAUCAGCUUCUUCCUCGAACGUGACCCCUCCUGUGUGGACUCGAGCCAGUGUAGAAGCCCGCAUGCGACGAGUUGACCUAGACUUGCUUCCCAAGACUUCCUCCCCACGAGGAGACACUUUUGAUUUCUAUGAAGAUGUUUCUUUGAGCUUCUUUUACCUGAUUCAUCAGCGAUCAAAUGUUCAUAGUGGUCUCGCCCCGUUCAUACACACUUCCAGUCGUGUCAGCAAUAGCGAAUCCUCGCAAUCAGCUUCUUCCUCGAACGUCACCCCUCCUGUGUGGACUCGAGCCAGUGUAGAAGCCCGCAUGCGACGAGUUGACCUAGACUUGCUUCCCAAGGUACCUGUUGGUCGGUCGGAAAUGUUCAAAACUAAACUACUCACGCUGCGGCAGAAACGAUUGUUGGGCGCUUUCUUCGAAUGGUGUUUCAAUCUGGCUGUGGACGACAAUCAGACCCCGAUUGCUGGUGCACCACAAAACGGCUCGUAUGAUGGUUGUACAGACGUGGUAGAUAAGUGUAGCGUAUGUUGUCUUCCACCCUAUGGUGCAGUCACGGAACCCUUGGGACCAUCUCUUGCUCGAUUGCUUUGUAUUAAUUCUUUCUCAGCUUAUGCAACUCGUCCCUUUCGUGAGUUUCUCCGCGAGCAACAUAACCUGGACCAGUUCCUUCAAGAGGUGAUCACCACCAACCUCGCUCUGGCAGGAGAACACAUCAUGACUGAUGAGGCCAUUCGUCGGAUCCGAAGGCUACUCAUUUCCAUGAAUCGCUUCGGUCAACACCCGAUUCUAUGGCCCCUCUACGGUUGCGGGGAUUUGCCACAGUCCUAUUGUCGGAUGUCUGCCGUCUUUGGGGCGGUGUUUUGCCUUGACUGCCAGUUGGUAUCGCUCCGUCCGAUCGAGACGCAACUGGGUGACGCGGGCAAUAGAAGACUAGCAAUGGACACUAUCGAAUCCGGACCAACGCGCUCUGCACGUCAGUUCGUCGCUCGGCUAUCUAACGGACACGAAGUUCGGACAACCUGUUGCGUUGUUGGAGCGGACUGUGCCCCCGAGCAGUGGAUACAAACUCAAGUUCACCGGUAUCCACCCAUUCUUUCUCUCAUUCUCGUCUAUAUGUUGUUUCGCAUUGAUUUUUAUGACAAACACCAAAAGUUUUUCAUUCUAUCAGAAAACUAG